UUUUUUUGCAUAGAGAAGAAUUCUCUGGAUCACAACAACACGUCUCUUAACCUGAGGAUGACAGAGCGUGUUAGGCAUGUACCGCAGAAGAUUCACUUAGCCUUUGCUUUGCCGCCUUCAUUUCCAGCAACUCCUAAUUUAGAGAAGUGUUAUUAUUCUUUUUCGCGGCAUUCUCUUAAUCUUUAUCCUGCGGCGGGUCUUUCACCAAAUACUAACUAUCAUAAUCAUGAUCCAUAUGUUCUUCGGAUGGCACAACACUGUUGGGAAGCAUCUGGUAUGGUAGAAGCGGUUCACGCGGUCCAGUCAUUACCACCUCUGUCUGUCCUAGAUGAAGAAGAUGCUGCAUUUGUGCAGAUUUUUCUUUCAGGUGAAAGUAAUCAUGUUGCUGAGACCAGAGAGAAGAUAUUUUCGGAAUGUUUACCUCAGCGACAAGCUUGUAUUGCUGUCUCGAGAUACCUUUUAUUAAGUGAAGAAGGCGUUAUAGAUCCUCAGCUAUCUACAAGAUUUGAUGAAAUUGCUUUGGAUACUGGAACAAGCAUUUAUAUUUUAAAAUCAGACGUAUCAUUAUUAACAAUGCAUACGCUAAUCUCGUCUAAAACAGAAACCAACUUAGGAGGGAUCUCAAUAACACUCCCGAUUUAUAAAAAAAUUAUGCUGCCGGAUGAUGUAACUCUUUCUGUAUUGGUUUCGGGAGACGUAGCAUCAUUAGAAUAUGCGUUAGUUAAAAUAUUCGUACAUUUGGAUAUGUUGAUGGGGAUGCAAGUAAAAAAACUUGAAAUUAAUCCUCGAUUUCAUCCAUUAAUCUGUGGACGAAAACGUUCAAAUCUUAAAAAUAUUAUGGAAGAGACUUUUACGAAUAUUUAUAUGCCUAUGCCAUUCGCAAAUGUCUUAAGUAUUAGACGACAUCUUCCUCCACUUGUGUCCGAUGAGAUUUAUGUUACAGGACAAAGGGAAAACAUUAUUAACGCUGAAAAAAGAAUAUAUGCAGCGUAUCAAUCCUUUACUCUUAUAUCAAAGACAAUUGUUAUCGUGGCAUCUAAAAAAGAUUGGUUGCUUAUCAAAAAACUGGAUGAUAUAAAGAAUAUCAUGGAUAAUAAUGUUUCUUAUAUCAAAUUUCCAAUGCUUGGAUCACAAAAUAUUGAAAUAGAUGUUUUUUCUACGCAUGAUCAUCUUAUUGACAAUACAAUUGAUUCAUUUAUUAGUUUGCUGUCCGAUUAUUAUAAUGCUACUUAUUGGAUAUUUCCCCGUUCUAAUCAGCAAAACUACGAAUUAUUAUUUACUGAUUUGGAGAUUCAAAAAAUACUUUUGGAAAUUACUAAAAAACAUCCUGUAGAAAUAAUAUAUAAACAUGGUUGUUUCGAAAUUGCAGGCAUGAAAGACGAAAUUAAAAAAGUCGUUAGAAGUAUUUCAAAAAUUCCUAAUGUACAGAACCGACCACAACAAAUACGUUUUACAGUGGAAUUUUCUAGCAAGUAUCAUGAAUUCAUUCAGGGUAAAAAAGAAGGGAAGAUUAAUGCUAUUAGAAAGCAUGUUGGUGUUAUUGUAGAAUUGCAUACUUUUUCUAAUAGGAGCUUUUAUAUUGAUAUCAUUGCGGAAAAUCUUGAGCAAGCAAUGCAUUGUCUUAGUAUGCUUGAAGAUGAAUUCCCUACAGAAAUUACGUUUUAUAUUCCUGAAGAAUAUCAUAGACGAAUGAUCGGUAUUCGUGGUAACACUAUCCAAUCUGUUAUGCGACAAUAUGGUGUUUUUGUCAAAUUCUCAAAUACCAGUGCUCUUGCUGCACCAGGACAUCAUAAUUAUCCAGAUGACAAUGUUUUGGUUAGAUGUCCAGCAAAAAACGCAGCAAAUCUUAUCGAACUUAAAGAGACUCUGAUGAAUAUGGCAAAUUAUAAAGACAAAGAUUCUAUUUCUGAGAACAUUUAUGUUCCUUGCGUUUAUCAUAAAAUGCUCAAAAAUAGAAGUAACAAAAUUAUUCACAACGUUGAACAGAGUACAAAUUGUGUAAUACGCUUUCCAAACAAUGAGCUUCAUAAAGAUUAUAUUACUGUUAUUGGAUCUGAAGCUCAAGUUCCUAGAGCUAUUGACAUGAUUAUGAAAAGUAUUAUUGAUGAAUAUAAAUUUUGUAUAGUAUCUAGUAAGGCUUUGGAUAACAUAAUCGAAUCUAAAGAAUAUAAGUUUUGGGUUGUAGAAUAUAUUCGUAAGAAAUAUUGCAUUGAGGUUACAUCUUUUCCUAAUAAUGUAAAUACAAAUGCAUAUCCGAAUGUCAGGUAUCAUGUGUUUCGGUUGUCAUUUCCUAAAAGUCAAUUGUCAUAUCUUGAUUUAGCUAUUAAUGUAAUAUUUCGGUAUUUCAUGCAACAUCGCAUUCCAUUGCAUCUGAGUUUUAAAGAAGACGCGGGACAAGUAUCGCGUUUAAAAGCAUAUGAUUCAUUUUCGCAUUUUAAUUCUAUGCUUUUUCCACCUGUUUCUGCUUCAACAGGGAAGUUUUGGGAAUUUUGA